AUGGGCGACCACCCAGACACAAGCGACGGGCGCAAUUGCUCGAGCUUCACAGCCAUAAGUGGCGUUGAUUGGAGCAUUUUUAAAGACAGCGAAGAGGACGCUUUCGGUUGGCUGCUGCGUAACAACGCGUCUAAGUCCGGCGUUUUGAACGCCGAGGUAGCUAGCAAUACUGCGGAGAACCUGGAUAUUCUGUCUCUAGACGACGUCGUGAUGGACCACAUGAUGGUGUCCGCGCUCGGUCCAGAGCAACAAGUAACUACAAGCCAGGCAGUUGGUGCAUGUACUGCAACAGUGACGGCUAGGGGCCCGGGUGGUUCCCAUACGACGAGCACAGUGCAGUCAAAUACUCGAAUGCUAGCGGCGCAACGAUGCGAAGGCCUGCGCGCUUCGUCCUCUAGGCCGAUCGCAAAUUUGGUAUCGAUACCGUCUAACGUAAAUCCUCUUAGCCAUGAUAAUUUGAGUAUGGAUGGGAGCUAUAAAGAAUUGGAGGACGACCAGGAUGAGAAAUUAUGGGAACAGAAGCAAGACAUUGGAAAGCAAACAACAUGUCAGUUGACGGUGUCUAAAGAUGGGAAAAAGCGAGCAGGUAGUACUGCUCUGAAAGAAAGGGUUAAGACAAGCAUUCGAAGUAUGAAAGGUAAGACCGAAACAAACGCUACGCGAGCUUCAAAAAGCAAGCGAACACUAAAGCGGCAGAAGAGCGAUCAAGUGUCGUCUUUUACAGCAGAUUCUGACCCCGACGACGAUCUCGAAAAAAAGCAGCUUCGCCGUGUCAAAAACCUUGUGUCGGUAAGAGAGUUCCGCAAGCGCAAGAUGAAGCAGCAGGAGCAAAAUGAGGCGCGCCUACGUCGACUUGAGGCAGAAAAUAUGGAUCUAAAGAUGCGUCUGAAAAUCGGUAAGGAGGCAAUCCUAAGCGAGCAGCGUGAGAAGCAACAGAUUAAGGAGCAGAUGCGGGAGAUGCUACAGCGGAAUGCGAAUGAGCAAGAGAUCGCACAGUUUCUGAACAUGUACAAGGUGACAUACUCGGACUAUGGGCCAAAACGACGCGAAAAGCUGCACUUUCAUUUAUCGCGCAUUCGGGAGUUACUUCUUCCUACGCAAGUUACAAAGCUAAGUUUGUACUCUGUGGAACAAGGUGUGGAUAUGCUCCAGCGUGAUCAUGUUAUCAAAGAGGACCCGAUGUCUGCGCCUGAUUCAGCCACAGCCACAAUGAGUCUUUGGAGUAUAUUGGCGGACGAGUUAAAAGUGUCAGGCAAUCAGCAACGGCAAAUCUUGGAGCGCCGAGCUGCAAUCAAAAAUGUGCGUGACGAUCUAAACCACACCUUGAGCAUUGUAAAGAAACUAGAAGACGUGACCGAUGAAAAGAACACAGCGCUAGAGGCUCAGGUGGCAGAGCUCCAAGAGAUUCUUACACCCUCUCAAGCUACCAAGUUUAUCAUUUGGGUCAAAGAAAACCCAGCCUUUAUGUACAUGCUGGACAGACUAGUGGACUCCACCUUGCAGAACAACUCGAACAGCUCGAACAGCGCUGAGAAGUGA